AGUUCCUACGAAUCGCACUUUCCCAGACUCCGCCUCCGCUUGUUCCCGUAAACGAUUGUGUCCUAGUUGUUGACGUCCGGAUUGUAGGCUUGUCGCGUUGUUUCCGUAUUGUUUGCUUCGCUCGGCGUUUUAGGGGAGAAAAUGUCGCUAAUUAAAGACUACGAGCAGCAAUAUGCCGUCCUCACGGCAGAAAUUAUGGCGCAAAUAAGUCGCAUUGCGAUUUACACGGGCGCCGAAAGACGGGAACUAGUAUCGAAGGUUGACACGAAUUUGUCCGAGGCGAAGGAGCUGCUCGAGCAAAUCCAACUUGAAAUCCGCGAUCUUGAACCAUCCAAUCGUCAAACAUGGACAAACAAACUGAACUGCGCCCAAGCCGAAUUGAAACGUCUCGAAACCGAAUACAAAACUGUUCAGGACAAAACACAAAAUCCCGCAUACGACUCUGCUGUAGAUGAUUUCGAGGACAUUGGAAUUCGCGACGAGCAAAAGCAACGCCUGCUCAACAACUCCGAACGUAUUGAACGGACGGGCAACCGAUUAACCGAGGGCUAUCGAAUAAUUCUGGAAACCGAACAAAUAGGAACACAAGUUCUUCAGGACUUGCAUCAUCAGCGGGAAACAAUCCAAAGUGCUCGAUCAAGGAUGCGUGAAACAAAUGCCGACUUAGGACGAGCCUCGCGUACCCUCAACAGCAUGAUGGCUCGGGCGUUACGUGAAAAGGCUGUUUUGUAUGGAAUUGGGGUGCUGUUCGUGGUUGUGGUGUCCUUGAGCAUAUAUUUUUCGAUAUCUUCAUCGAAAUAAGUUGAAAGUUAGAGAGCGGGGGUUCGAUAGUGGAAGUGGCGAGAAAAAGUGCAUGCGGACAGUCAGAAUGUUGAGCUUAGUCGAUAAGUCUUUAUUGUUGAUUAUUUAUUUAGUGUAAGUCCAUUUCUGUUCAUUUGUGUUGAUAGUUUUAAAAGUACCACGAUAGGAGGAGGUCUAAGAAGAACUUAAUCGUUAAAGGAACGUUUAGAUGUAAUCCAAAUGUUAAAGUUAGAUUUUUGUAUCCAUUCCACAUGUAGAUCAGUAUUGUAGCUAAAUUCCAAAAACUUGAUUAUUUGUUUGAAGGAAAAGGGAGAAUUGUCCACACAUUUGUUGAAUUUUUUAAUCAAUGCAUUGGCGAAAAUCGGAUACCAUUUUUGUAUUUAAGUUGACAGUGUGAUCCUUUUUUCUUUGUUUUAAUAAUCUAGAAGUUCAUACGAAGCACUUUCCGGUUAAAUGGUGUAUUAAGAGUGUUUUUAGUGCAAUAUAAAUACAACUGUAGGAAUUGACUGAUUGUACAUAUUUUGGAGGGGGAUCUAAAUUCGAUUGUGUUACGUUAUGGAUACAUAUCUGUAAGAUUUGUGUUGUGUCGGUGGUGAUAAGAACAUUCAGCAAAUUUCAACAACAAAAACGUCUACUCCUCCGCUUCUACUUUCUUUUCUAUUUCUCCUCCUACCUUUCUCCCCGUUUCCAUCCCUAUCCCAACCUUUCCCUCCAUCACUGUCGCUUCCUUCUUCUCCACUUCAGAUCCUACCUUCCCCUCCGCUCCUCCUCUCUUCUCCACUCCCCACCUUCUCUCUUCUCCACUCCGCUCCUUCUCUCGUCUCCACUCCGCUCCUCAUUUCUUCUCUACUCAGCUCCUCCUCCCGUUUCCUCUUAUCUCCGCAUCCUACCUCCUUCCACGUUCCUCUUUCAUGCCCCUACCGCUCCUUAGCUUAUUAAUCGAAUCAGAAGUAUCUUUCUCCCUUCAGAUAACUAAUUGCUCAUUCCCAAACCCUUUCUUACAUUUUAUCUUAGACCUUACAUACCUUGGGCUUUUAUGGUUCUUAUUUCAAAUAUGGAGUGAGCCGAUAACAUCUGCCGACUAAUAUGUAUCGUCAUAGUUACACCGUUUCCGUAUGGGGGCGGUGACUUUAGGGUUUAAAUAAAAGGUAUUUCUUUAUCACUGAACUUCAUCGGCACUAAUAGAAAAAAUCCUUUGGAGGAUCAUGAUGGCAGUAGCUUCAAACAUUUCUAGUAUUCUUGAAGUUGAAUGGAAUCCCAAAUAAAAUGUAAAUAGGAAACUUGUGUUGGAUGGGACACGUCAGUCAUGUUAAGAUGUUAAGAUGUUUUUUUCGUUCAAUUUUUUCAUAACUAAACGCUUUAUAUUGAAUAUUUUUAUGUUUUAUAUGUUUAAUUGUGACUGCACUCUUUGUACAUAUUUAUAGAAUUGUAUAUUAUGUAGGUUAGGUUAAAGAAAGCAUGAAAACAGUCGGUCAUAUUAAUGUAAAAUAUAAAUGGAAUAUAAAGCUUCACAAUGCAAUCUAUCAGCUUUAAGUGAACGCUUCUAUCCUUAAUAUGUGAUAAGCUAAGGAACUAAUAAAGUGAAUAAACUCAGUGAA